AUGUCGACGUAUGAAGAUGAACAUAACCUCAGUACAUCAGAUACUGCUACUACAUCGCAAGGAUCAAGAAGAAGUGAACGUCACUUAACCUUGCAACAAGCGAUAAACGCCUUCUUCACUAGCUCUUCAUCUCAUGGCGGUGACUUCAGAGAAUUCACCAAUAGUGAAGGGCUAUCAAUUGAGCCACAGAUGUUGGACAUGCUACAAUCCAUGUUAAUUACGGGAAAUGGUGCUGCAAUUGCAUUUGGUGAUUCCAAUAAAAAGGAAGGCGUAGACGAUUCAUUUAUGGAUACUUUAGAACGUGUCGACAAAAAAGAAUUGAAAAAUGAUGAUACUUGUCCAAUCUGUACAAAUGACUAUAAAGAUGAUCCAUAUCCUCUAGUCGUUGAAUUGCCAUGUAAUGCGAAGCAUAGAUUUGAUUUAGAAUGCAUUGGACCAUGGCUUAAGUUGAAUAAAACGUGCCCUUUAUGUAGAGUUGAUGUUACAAAGGGUAAACCAAAGGAGCUAUUGAUCGAUAGCGAAAUCGAGGAUGAUGACUGGGAAAUGUAUGGAUAA